AUGGAUCUCUAUCCUUGGUUUCUGAUAUUUGGAACACUGGCAAUUUCUUUCACGUUCUUCACUUUCAUCAUGCUUGGAUGGUGCUUGGAUACCAAUCACAUACGAUCCCUUCCUACAACAGCCUUAUCUUUUGAUGACAAAUUCUCUCCUUGCAAGAGUUUGGAGUCUCAUUCGAUUACCUUCCAUUACAAGGCUGCAGAAGGCACAAACCAGACUGAAUGUGUUAUCUGUUUGACAAGUUUUGAAGAAGAAGAAAGUGUACGGAAGCUUCACACUUGCAAGCACAUCUUCCACACCUUUUGCAUUGACAAGUGGCUUGGCUCUCAUUCAGGUUGUCCACUGUGCCGCACUCAGAUCGAUAAAGUGAGUUCCCUAAACAGUAGAAUGUCUUUGGAAGAAAAUGAUCACAUGAUCAUGGUCAUUGUCAACUCCUGA